UCUCGCCCGCUCCAGACGCCCGGUCCCACCCCCGAGGCGGUGAGGGGCGGCCGGUGCCGUCCCCUUUAAGGGCCGCGGCGGAGACGCCCCGCCUGCUCAUUUCCUAGCGCACAGGAAGUGGGGACGCGGUUCCGUGGUGGGGCCCGCGCGGUUCUGACUUCAUUUUGCUGACUCAAACCGCAGAUUCCAAGGAAAGGAGGGGAAGUGGAAUAAAAUACUCAAGUGCCAGAGGAAAGGCCAGACUACCCAAUGAAAAUUACUAAGUUGUAGAUUGCUCUCACACACAAGGGAGAAAAAUUGCUGUUGAUUCAAAGCUCAUGAAAUUACUUCUGCAGACUUUGCUCACUGAACUUCAAAUAGACUAAAACCACCCAAGUAGGGUUGAAACAGGAAAUGGAAAUAUGACUCCUUGCUGGUGUCUUCCGCCUUCCUCACCCUCUGCAGGUUUUUUCGUUUGGGGUAGGAAAUCCUGAACAAAUUGUAUGGCGUCAACCAAGCUCAUAGUUGAUGGUUAUGGAUGACAUAGGAACUUCAGAUUUAUGUCUCUGCAAUGACACCUGAUUAAGGCAAAGGUUGAAAACUGCACGUCAGCUACUUUAUCAAAACUUGUAGUAACUGUUGCAGGCAUACUUUCUCUGUCUUUCUAGAAUUUGAACUCUGGGGUGAUGUUCCCUGAAAAGCAUGAGCAGAUAAGUCAUAUUUUUGAAUUGGAAGUGGUAGUAACAUGAGAAUGCCCAGAAGAGGCUUUGCAAUUCAAGCCAGGACUCGUUGGCUAUUAGUGGGCCUUGCUUUACUAUUCAGUUUAGUCUUGCUUAUGUAUUUGCUGGAGUGUGCUCCACAAACAGACGAUAAUGGAUCUCUGCCUGGUGUUGUAGGCGAAAGCAUGGGCAAAGAAUACUAUCAAGCUCUCUUGCAGGAGCAAGAAGAGCAUUAUCAAAACAGAGCUACCAGUCUGAAACGUCAGAUUGCCCAGUUAAAGCAAGAGCUUCAGGAAAUGAGUGACAAAUUGAAAUCCCUGCAGGAAAAAAAGAGCCCAAGGGUCAAUGGUAUGAACUACCAGGGCACCAAAGAACAGUCAUCCAAUGAUCUCCUAGAAUUUCUUCAUUCACAGAUUGACAAAGCUGAGGUGAGCGUGGGGGCUAAACUGCCUAGUGAAUAUGGUGUCAUUCCUUUUGAAAGCUUUACAUCCAUGAAAGUAUUUCAGUUGGAAAUGGGGCUCACUCGGCAUCCAGAAGAGAAACCUGUUAGAAAGGAUAAGCGAGAUGAGUUGGUGGAAGUUAUUGAGGCUGGCCUAGAAGUCAUCAAUAAUCCAGAUGAAGAAGAUGGACAAGAUGAAGAUGAUGGAGUAGGAGAGAGGCAGCUGUAUAGUGAAAAUGAUUUCAUAGAAGGUUACUAUCGUACAGAAAGAGAUAAAGGGACACAGUAUGAGCUGUUUUAUAAGAAGAUGGAUGGCAUGGAAUACAGGCAUGUCACCUUGUUCCGACCUUUUGGACCACUCAUGAAAGUGAAGAGUGAAACAGUCGAUAUUUCUAGAUCAAUCAUUAACAUUAUUGUCCCUCUUGCUGGAAGAACUGAGGCAUUUGCACAAUUUAUGCAAAACUUUAGGGAUGUGUGUAUUCAUCAGGAUAAGCGUCUUCACCUCACAGUGGUGUAUUUUGGACAAGAUGGGCUAUCAGAAGUAAAAGGCAUCCUAGAAUCUGUAGCUAGAGAAACAAGCUUCCACAAUUACACACUUGUCUCUCUGAAUGAGGAAUUUAACCGAGGCCGAGGACUUGAUGUGGGUGCCAGAGCCUGGGAAAAGGGCGAGGUCCUGAUGUUCUUCUGUGAUGUUGAUGUUUAUUUCACGGCUGAGUUCCUCAACAGUUGUCGCUUAAAUGCUGAGCCUGGGAAAAAGGUGUUUUAUCCUGUGGUAUUCAGCCUUUACAAUCCUGCUAUUGUCUAUGCCAACCAAGAUAUACCAGCCCCUGUGGAGCAACAACUGGUACACAAGAAGGAUUCUGGUUUCUGGCGGGAUUUUGGCUUUGGGAUGACUUGUCAGUAUCGGACAGACUUUUUGACUGUUGGGGGUUUUGACUUGGAAGUGAAAGGCUGGGGUGGUGAGGAUGUUCACCUUUACAGAAAGUACUUGCAUGGUGACCUUAUUGUGAUCAGGACACCUGUCCCUGGUCUCUUUCACCUCUGGCAUGAGAAGCAUUGUGCAGAUGAACUCACUCCAGAGCAGUAUCGCAUGUGUAUCCAGUCCAAAGCCAUGAAUGAGGCCUCUCACUCGCACCUUGGGAUGCUGGUCUUCAGGGAGGAGAUUGAGACUCACCUCCGUAAGCAGGCUUACAGGACUAACAGCGAAGCAGUGGGUUAAAUGUCAACCCUGUGACUUUUGAUGACUUCAAAUUCACAAUGAACCAGCACCAUUUUACAGCCUUAAUUCAGCUUAACAAUGCAGUGCCUCUCUUUUUCAGUGAAGAAGAGUUUAAAGGGUUUUUGGUUCUUGUAUUUGUUUUUCAAGUAAUUCUUUGACUGUUACGCUGUUACCUAGAUAUCUUGCAAGUUCAAGCACCUCAAAUAAAUUGGAAAAUGUAUGUAGUUCAAGGAAAGAGACUUGAGUAUGGAUUGGAAAAUCAGUGGAAUGUAUAACUCGACACUUUUCCACAUGGUACAUUUCAAUUUUUAUAUUUGCAUUAUUUUAAGAAUUAAAUAAUCUUUUGUGUUGUCUUGGGUAUUUUCAGUCUGUAUGGCUCACUGCUCUGUGACUUUAGAAGGACACUAUACUUACACUCCAUUGUAGAAACAAGAAAGGUGUGAAAAAUAAUUUCCAUAAAAGUUGUACAGGAUGUGCCGACUGGUACAUCAGCUGUUCAGGUUGCUGAUUCACAGCAAGGGCUUGGUGCCACAUUUGCUGUAUUAACAGACAUUCACAUGGUUCAAUACAGAGUUAUUUAUAUUGGUGGAGGAGAAUGAUAAUCUUUAAGUGGAAUUUUAGAGCAUAUAAUGUAAUUUCACACUGCAAACCAGACACAACCUUCUUGUCUCUCUGUCUCCUGACUCGGACGAGUUGGGAGCGUUGUCUCAGUUGGGCAUUUCUGGGUCUGGUCUUUUCCCACAGUAGAUGCCACAUCACAGAAUUCCUUCUAUGAACUGAGUUAUGCUAUUAAACUAAUUUGUUUAAAGAU